AUGUCUGAUGUCUCUUUUACAAAACGCAUCACUCUGGGACGAUGCAUCUGUAUCAUCACAGGAGCCUCAAAGGGGUUUGGACGGGCGUUAGCUCACGAAGUCUCAUGCUUACUCAGUGCUGGUUCUGUUCUGGUUCUGGUGGCUCGAACUGGGACUCUGCUCCAGGAGCUGAAGGAAAAACUUCAGAGCAACACCAAAAAGCAGCGUGUGCUGGUUCACUGCGUCACAGCUGAUUUAAGCACAAAAGAUGGUGUGAACAAGACGGUCAUGGUUGCAAAACAGGAGUGUGUGAAAGAAAUUGAUCAUGUGCUUCUUAUCAAUAAUGCAGCCUCACUGGGUGACAUUUACCGAUUCACCCGGACUUUCACUGAUCCCGAUGAGGCUUUACCAUCCUGGGUGCUGUACUGCACAGCUAAAGCAGCAAGGUCCAUGAUGUUCAGUGUCCUGGCUAAGGAGGAGCCUAAUGUCAAAGUUCUCAGCUACUCUCCAGGUCCUAUGGAUACAGAGAUGCAGAAGGAAGUUCAGAGACUGAGUGGAAUAAAACACGAUCUGCUGCCCUGUCAGGAAUCUGCAGCCAAACUGAUGAAGGUCCUUUUGGGCAAUGACUUUCAAUCAGGAGCAAACCUUGAUUUUUUUGAUGUGUGAGCAAUGCUGCGCAUGUGA